GUCAGCUGGGCGAGGAGCGAGGCUGCGGAGAGGCGAGAGGAGAGUUGAGGGGCGCUCCCCGCUGGCCCGAGCGCCUUGCGGGGAAAGAGCCGCGGAGCCCAUCAUGGAUUUCCGCGAAAUCCUCUUGAGGGCCUCGGAACAGCAGGAACUGAGUGCCGCGCCGAAAAGGUACAGUUUGGCAGUUGGCCCUCCCAAAAAGGAUCCAAAAGUUAAAGGUGUUCAGUCAGCAGCUGUGCAAGCUUUUCUCAAAAGGCAAGAAGAGGAACAGAAGAAAAAGGUUCUUUUGGAAAAAAGAAGAAAAGAACAACUGCUGGCUAAGCGUGUGGAACUGAAACAUGACCGAAAAGCCAGAGCUAUGGCUUCACGCACAAAGGACAAUUUUUGUGGCUAUAACGGCAUUCCUAUUGAGGAGAAGCCCAGAAAGAGGAAAAGUCAUGAAAAUAGCACCGAAUGCAGGGCACAGGAUGAAAUGAAUCAAGUAUCUUAUGAUCAGUCGGAAUCUGAGCCGGAAUCAGAAGAGAGUGAAGAAAAACCAUCCAAAUUUUCAGAAAAACCAAGGGUGCUACCCAAAAGUGCACCUCCAGCAAUGAAUUUUAGUGAUCUUCUAAAGCUGGCUGAAAAAAAACAGUAUGAACCAGUUGAAAUAAAAGUUGUAAAAAAGACUGAAGAAAGACCAAUGACCGCAGAAGAAUUAAGAGAGCGAGACUACUUAGAGAAGAGAAACAGAAAAGGGGUUAUACUUAAAGAAAAGAAAUCAGAGAAAGAAAUGAAACACACAACUGCAUCAGGUUCUUCCAAAAAAGAAAUUUCACAGAGGGAUUUAGUAAAUGCUAAAUUUAGCAAGCAUUCAACAGACAAACCCUCCUUUUCUAAAGGAAGCAUUCCCUCACAAAAUAAUGAUAAAAAAUCCAAAGGACUGGUUUUAAGUGAAAAGCCUUCAAAGUUGGCAUCUUGUUCCAAGCCAAGCCACACUGAAAAAACAAAAUCUGCACCCAAAGGGUCUUUAAAAAGCCCUCCUAACAAUAGUCAUAUUAAACCUGCACCCAGUGGAGGAGGAAAAAAUGGAUCUAAGUCCCAUGCUGUAGUCUUGAAAACAGCUGCAAAUGGAACUCUCAGACAAUCAUCUAGUAAAGAACCUAGUCUGAAAAAAAAUAGCAUCCAUACAAAAUCAAUUAGUGUGGCUUCUACCCAGCAAGAAAGUUAUAAAAAUUCCAGUUCCAAGCAAGGAAGUAACAAUUCAGUUACAGGAGGACCUCUUGCACAAUCAAAGAGCAGCUUGAAUGCAGGCCCCAGGCAGCCAAGCAGCAGUUCGAUUACUGGGCAUGGAUCACAUGGCAUGGGACCCAGGAGGUCAGAAAACAGCUCAGGACAAGGACAGCGAAGCAGUAGCUCAAGCACAGGACCUAGACUUGCCGGCAGUAGCUUAAGUGUGGGAUCUGGUCGACCAAGCAUCACUUCAGGACCCGUAUGUUUAGGCAGUAGCCAACGCGUAGGACCUGGUCGGCCAAAUGCCGUUGUAAACACUGGACUGGGAAGGGGUAGCAGCUCAGGACCAGGUUGGCCAAGUACGACUUCAGCUGGAACUCUAAAGCCAAAGUGCACUGUUGUAUCAGAAACAAUCUCAUCCAAAAAUCUGGUUCCGAGACAGGUUAAUGCUCAGAUGAAUGGAAUGAGGCCAUUUGCUAAUCAAAGACCUGGGAUUACCCCACAAGGUUUUCCGAGACCAUCUCUUCCACCUAUUAGCUAUAAAAGAAAGUUUGAAGAUGAAGAUGAAGAUGAUUCUGAAAUGGAAGACUUUAUUGAUGAUGAAGGAGAGCCUCAAGAAGAGAUCUCUAAACAUAUCAGAGAGAUAUUUGGUUAUGAUCGGUCAAAAUACAGAGAUGAAAGUGAUUAUGCCUUACGUUACAUGGAAAGUAGUUGGAAAGAACAGCAAAAAGAGGAAGCCAGAAGCUUGAGGCUUGGAAUGCAAGAAGAUCUAGAAGAGUUGAAACGUGAAGAGGAGGAAUUGAAACACAGGAAGCAAACAAAGAAGUUGAGAACACGCUAACCAGUUUGCCACAGCUUGGUUUUCUGUUACUCUCCUAUUUGUUCCAAAGUUUAGCUUUAGUUGUACUUGCAUAUGAAAGAGUAAGAAAUCAUGUAGAAGAUGGACAAGUAGAAAUAAGGACUUGGUGCCAGAUUUUACUGUGCAAUGUUUUGCAGGCCCUGGAGAAGGAAAAGUUGGGAUAUGAUUUUCUUUUUCUGCUUUUCCUCUGCAGCUCAACACCACCUCCCACACUGUUGGGGGAGGCUGGGGUAUUCUCCAGGACAGGAUGGGAAUUGGUUACUGGGACUGUUCCAAACGGGGAAAUUGGAGGAAAAUGUUGGUCUGUCCUUUUCCUUCAGGGGAAAGUUUUUGUUGGAACCCAAUUCCUAUCAUGAACAGAAAUGGUUUUCCUGUGCUCACAGAGAGGCAACUCUGGAUCCAAAAUGAUGAUAUUUAGUUUGGCACUCAAAUAUUGACCUUUAAUAACUGCCAAGUUUUCUUUUCUGCAACACAAUUAAUGCACUAAUGGAGGAUACUAGUUGGAAUAAAAAUGCAAAUUAUACUACCAUUUAAAGUAGUUCAAGGAUGCCAGCAGACUGCUGAUUGACUAUGCACUGGCUUGCAACAAGUGGGCCCAAAUAACAAUAUGCCAGUCUGUUUUCAUUCUACAAAAUAGAAAAAAUGUUCAUGUUUUUUAUCUUUCAAAAGAAGUUGUGUCCUGAGUCAAGAUUCUUAAGUCACUUUUUCUGUUCACAUAAAGCACAGAUUUAAAAUGUAGCUGCUGAUGGUGUUGAAAGCAAUAUUAAUGUUUUCUGAUUCCUGUUUGACAAGAUUAUGUGAAAAACUAAUAAUAUGAAGCUUUGACAUCACAAGUUGGCAGAAAGAUACUGCUCCCUGCAAAUAACUGUCAUGGAAUAAAUACGUAGCAACAAACAGUAUGAAGAAAUGAGGCAGCAACAACAUGCCUGCCAAUGUGAAUCUCCUCCCACCCCCUUGAAAAGAGGUGUUGCUGACCCUCAGUGCAAGGCUACUUCUCCCCAGUCUUGAAUUCAGAACCCUUCUAGUUCUGUGGGCAUCGGGUUGAAGUAUCACUGAAAGUCUAGCCUGCUAAUUAUUUUCUCUCUUGCAGUGCAGAAAAUUAAUAUGGUCUCUUAGUGGCAUUCAGACAUUAUUUUCGUAAGAAAUGGGACCAAAUGGUUUGUUUGCAUCCUUGGGGCUGAAACUUCAUUGCCAGUCAUCAUAAUUAAUCAUUUUGGAAAAGAUUAAUUUGCAGUGGUUUAUAAAUCACUUCUAUUACUUUGAUUUAAUUGCGUUUGGAAAUAUCUUUGUAAAUAUUUAGGUUUCUUAGGUUAAGUGAGUGCUCUAUAAAAAUGCAAAGCCUCCCAGUAUAUAUUGCAGCUAGUUUAUUUCUAUAUUCAUUCAGAUUCAAUCUGUGUUCCAGUAAAUAUAAGCAUCUUUAUAGUUGCUUUGUGUAACUAUUUAACAAGGUUGCUGAAAAAUUUUCUAAUAUUUUAUGAUUUGCCAAGUGGUGGUUUUGCCUUUUUAAAAUUUUUGGUUACAAGCUGAUUUCAAGCUAUGCACAGUAACAAACAUGUUCAUUUCAUGCUUGCCGGAGAUACUCAGAUCAUUCUGUUCUAUAAAAACUGUGCUGUGGAGUUUCAGUUCAAUAUAUAAAUAUCCAGUUCAAUAUUUUUUUUAAUUCCUAAAGACUUUAUGGAAAAUGCAGUCACUGAAAAUAAAAAUAGUCUAAAUAGUUCUUAAAACACAUCAUGCAACCCUACCAAGAAAAUUUCUUCUAAAAGUUAAGCCUAUUUAGAUAACACACAGAGUUGGACAUUGAAUAUUCUGGCAGAGAAUGUACUAAAGAGUAAUCACAGAGAUAAAAUCUUUAUAAGUAUCAGGAAAGGAUGAAUUCAGCUAUUAAAAUAUGACAAAGUAGAAGUCAAACGUCAGAAUUAAUGUAAAGAAAAUAAUGGAUAUUUUUGUUUAUAAAACCAUUAUUUUCUCAAUUAAGUAAGGCAUUGUAUUUGCUGAAAUGAAAUAGAUUAGCAAUUGCUGUAAUUAGCAUGCAGAACAGGAUGUCUUAAUUUAAGGUUUACUGUGAUCACUAGUGCUAUUUUUACAGAACUGUAUAUGUAUUAUAAAAAACUAUUUUGUGCAGAUGCACUCAUGUAUCUUUUUAUCCAAGAUAAUGACUGUUGGAAACAUGACCAAGUUACUGUUCAUUUUAUAAUUUGAAUGUGGAAGUAUUGAAAUCCACCUCAGCGCGUCUCUGAUAUCUGUGUAGAUGAUGUCCUCAACAAACCUCUGACUUAGCAAAGAACUUGUAAUGACAGACUUGUGUCCAGUUCAAAAUUUUGACAAGAGUCUCCCUAACACACACUGCAUGCUUUGACUGCUACUUGCAAGUUUAAUUCAAGACUACUGUAUUUUUAAAUAUUUGGGUGUUGUUUGUCAUGUAGAAGAUAACUGGAAGAUAAUCUAACUGGAAGAUAAUCUGUAUAGAUCUCUUCAUUUUUAUAUUAUUUAUUGCUUUUAGUAAGUAUAUAGCUUACUAAAAUUUACAUUAGAUAUAGUAUGUCAAAGUUAUCUUGCAUUCCAAAGAUAGCAUCUCAUAAUUGUAUGUUCUCUUUAGUUAAAUUGUCUAUUUGCAUUAUUUUGCUUUAGGAAAAGUUUUUAAAACUACUUUACCACAUAUAACCACCAAGAGUCAUAAGAUUGCAGCAAUGAAAAAAACUUGUAUGAAAAUGAAGAAUUUGGCUAGUGAAUUUGUAAGGGAAGUAGAAUACAAAAGGUUUCUCUUAAGAUAUAUAAAAAUGCAAAAGGGAACAACUGGCAUAUAUCAUUUCAUGAUAUUAAAUAUGAGAUAAUUUUCCACCCCUUCCCUAAGCAACUCCCCCUGUGUUCCCACAAUCUCUCUGGAAUCUCUCCCAACACUGAUUUUAGGGGCUAUGAAGGGGUUGAAUGCAGCCCUCCCAUUUCAGCUGAUAGAAGUCAUUAGCAGGAAGAUUUAAAUACCAUCUAUUCUGUGUGAUCUAAUAGGUUGUGUUAAGAAAACUAGCAUGAACUGCAGAUUUUGAUCAAUGAUUGGAAGAUGUGCCUUUUUUUUACAUAUAUAACCUUUCUAUGAAUGUAGGAAGAAAAAAAAUAGAGUUAAUUCUGCUGUCAAAGAUGCCGUGUUGCAGCUUGAUAAUAUGAAAUAAAGUAGUUUUACAUCAAGUCCUUCCAGGCAUUGCUUUGCACAACUAGUUAGUGUUUAUUAAAAUUAUUAAAUAAAACUUAAGGGCACUUUGUAUUUAUGAAGACUUCAUUUUAUAGUUGUCUUCUAUAUAUUUCAGUUGUACUUACACUUUUUACAGCAGAAAAUUACCAGAAAACAGAGCAAUGUGCAUCGUGAAAAGCCCUAGUAAAUAAUUUUGAUCUCUCUAAAACAGAAUCUUUUAAAAAUGUAUAAAACUUAUUUUUUAUAAGCUCCCAUUUUUUAAUCUCAUAUAACUAGUUAUUUGGCUUUUUCAUUAUGUAACUUUAAUUACCUUUAUAGCUAAAGUACAUUUCUAUAAUACACAGCAGGAGACCAAAACACUGGAAAGAAAAUACAGUCCUAAAGAGACUAAGUAAAUAACUUCUGAUAACUAUGUUUGGACUUCUAUUUAUUUUGUUGAGUCAGAGUGAUACAAUCAAGUGUUAGCAUAUAACUGAGGAUACUUUUAGAGUUUGUCCAUCUUAGGUUUUUGUUAAGGUUAUUGCGUUCAACCCAGUGUGACAAUUCAGGUAAAAACUGUUAAGCAUAACUUUUUUCUGGUACAAUUAAACUCUAUGCUUUUGCACCAAAUACAGUCUGAAACAAGUUAUGUAUAUAAUAAAUUGCAGACAUUAAACAUUGUAUUGAAAUCUU